AUGCCCCUCCCCUUCAAUAGGGAUGUGGGCGGAGGCAUGAAACCCUACGCCUCCGUCUCUCACCUUUCCCCCUCUCCCUUGCCUCGCUUUCUCCCCCUGCUGGCACCACCCUCCCACCGAUCUGUGGACCAACGACAGCGGCGAAGGGCGAACAAAGGACGGUGGCAAGGGACGACCAGAGGGAGAGGGGCGAACGACGACGCACGGGCGACAACCGAUGACCGACGACACACGAAUGACGACGCAGGCACGACAACGGACAACGGACGAUGGACGCACAUCGGCGCACGAACGACGACCGACAGGGGGCGGAGUCCCUGGCAGAUGAGUAGGGGGGCAGAGGAACCCCCCACGGAUGAGCAAGGGGCGCCACCACGGAUGAGGAGGGGACUAGAAGUGCCCCCCAUGGAUGAGAAGGGGGUGGAGGGGGGUAGAGGUGACCCCAUGGAUGAGGAGGGGGGUAGAGGUGCCCCCACGGAUGAGCAGGGGGUGGAGGUGCCCCCCAUGGAUGAGCAUGGGGUGGAGGAGGGUAGCGGUGCCCCCCAUGGAUGA